AUGUAAAGUUGGGGUGGAAAGUUGGGUUAUAACUUCGUCCGAGUUUGAACGGCGGAGCCCCUGAGUUAAGAGCGAAGCCCGAACGUGGAGAAGAGGGGUGACACAUGUUACUGACCUGUUAGCAAACUUUUCAACUACAGAAUAAUUUUAUUUUAAAGGGAAAAACUUGUGCGGGCGAGGAUUUAAGUGAUUACCACCCGGCCGGUUUGGAGUAGACCUUCCUGUUGUCUGGCGAGACUUCAUGGAGACCGAGCCUGUUGUCCGGCAUGACUUCAUGGAGACCCAGCCGCUCCUCGGUGGCGGCAGCAGCUCGUCGUACGGCGUGGACGAGGAGAGUCGCCGGUCAGAUUCCUUGGGUUCCCGGAGCUGUAGCGGCAGUAACAACGGGCAGCUCGAUGACCUCUACAUUCAACAAGCCGUUGUAUUUAUUGAGGAUGCAAUACAGUAUCGUACCAUAAAUCAUCGUGUAGAUUCCCGAUCUCUGCAACUUUAUCAAUGGUACUAUUCGAAGCUGUGCCAGGGGUUUCUUAAUGCUACUAUAUUUGUGAUUUUGAUUUUGGCCUUCUUUGAGAAACCUUCAUCUCUGAGUGUUACAUCUGAUCUCCGAUUUCGUCGUGUACUUUGGGAGCCUCCUUGUGGACUGACUGAAGGGAUUGAAGCACUUUGUCUUAUUGUAUUUAUAGUAGAUGUAAUAACAAAGAGUUAUUUAAUUGGAUGGGAGGAAUUUCAGAAAUCAAAAUGGCUGAUUGCCUACAUCCUUAUACUGGCUGCUUCUGCUAUAGAUUGGACCGUCUCCCUGUGCUUCUUUUGUGAGGAGAAGGUCAGGGUGAGGAGAAUUUUGCGACCCUUCUUUCUCCUCCAGAACUCAUCGAUGAUGAAAAAGACUUUAAAAUGCCUGAGACGAACAUUGCCACAGAUCACCAGUGUUAUGCUGCUUUUGGCCUUGCACCUGCUGCUGUUCACAAUGAUUGCCAUGUUGCUGUUUGCCCGAGGCCAGAACGAGAAAGAGGAUAAAGAAUGGAGGACCUAUUUUAAGAAUUGGCCAGAGUCUGUGACCUCAUUAUUAGUGCUGUUAACAACAGCCAACAAUCCUGAUGUGAUGAUACCCAUCUAUUCGAGAAACAGAUGUUAUGCACUUUUCUUCAUCACUUUCAGCAUUAUUGGAACCUACUUGCUAAUGAAUUUACUGACAGCUAUUAUUUAUAAUCAAUUUCGCGGAUAUUUACUUAGUUCAAUUCAGACAUCUAUUGUCCGAAGAUGUCUGGGCAUUCGUGGUGCAUUUGAGGUGCUUUGUUGUGGUCGCUCAGCCAAAUCUGGACGAAGGAAUUCUAUCAGAAUGACGGUAAGCACCAGCACUGUGCUCCAAGUCCUGCAAAAAGUAACCAUGUCUCCAAUGCACAAGCAAGGAAUUAUUAAGCAAGCCAAGGCAUUCACUCAUGACUGUGUUACAGCAGAACAGUUCCGACUCCUCUUUGAUGAAUUGCAGAAGGAAACCAUGAAAGAGCACCCAUUAAAGCCAGUAUAUAGAUCACCGUUCCUGCAGAAGGCGCAGACUCUGCUAAGUCACUGCUAUGCUGAUUAUUUCGGGAACCUAAUGGUUGUGGUGCACUUGACUUGUAUAUUUGUCUCGUUGGUACUUGAUGCAGAGAAGCCAAUUUCAAAGCGCGACGAGUUCUUUUCUGGGGUUGUGAAUGGUUUCUUUGUCCUGUAUUAUCUAUUGGAAAUGGCAUUGAAAAUCUUUGCUCUUGGCAUUAAGGGUUAUUGUUCGUACAAGAGCAAUUUAUUUGAUGGGUUGCUAACUCUCAUUCUAAUGAUUCUACAGCUGUCAUCUCUUGUACAAUAUGGCUUCCCUCAUCCUGGAUGGAAUCCAGAUUUGCAUGGAUUGCUCACUCUUUGGGAGUUCAUUCGACUGGCAAACAUGCUCAUUGUUUUCCGAUUCCUUCGGAUAAUACCCAACGUCAAGUUGACGGCAUUAGUCGCUGGCAGUCUUCUUGAUAUGAUGAAGAAUCUGAGAGCUUUUGCUGGAAUUCUUGUGGUUGCAUAUUAUGUGUUUGCAACUGUUGGUGUCGUAAUUUUUAAAGAUAAAAUACCAGUCCCCCAUAACUCUACAAAUUCAAGUUUUCAUGAGGACACCCCAGAAAACUUAACACUUCAGUGUGGAACUUAUGAACAACUGGAGUAUUGGCCCAACAAUUUCAAUGACUUUGCUGCUGCUUUGGUUACCCUAUGGGAUCUAAUGGUGGUGAACAACUGGCAGGUUUUCCUCGACGUCUUUUCAAGAUAUGCAAACCCGUGGUCCAAGCUCUAUUUUGUAGCUUGGUGGCUGGUUUCCUCCGUUAUUUGGGUUAACCUCUUUGUGGCUUUGAUUCUUGAGAACUUCAUUCAUAAGUGGGAUCGGAGCUAUCAUCCGUCUUUCUCAGAUCAGGAGUCUGAGUAUCAGAUGAGUGUGCAGGAUAUGUUCAGGAAUGAUUUGGAGGAGCCAACUGAGGAAGAGUUGUUGGAGAGACUGCAACAGCAUCCACACCUCCAUUUACCCAAGGGACCCAUUUAGUCUUCUCUUGACAGCACAAGAACACUUUUUGGAAUGUGACUUUGUUUCUGGGGUUUGUGCAAGUGCCUCGCUCCCACCUGGUUUGGGUGUUGUACCGAUGGCUGACCUUUAACAAUUAUCUCUAGAACUAAAUGAGCAAACAAAGUUGUCUCGACUAUUAGUGCAUCAUAUGGUUUGUAAAUGCACAUAAUUCUUUUUAUCAAAUAUUUGAGAUUUUUAAACACUCUUUUCCAGUCCAUUUUAAAUGCUGUCAAUACUUUGUUCAGUGUUUUAAGAAAAGCGUGGGGGGGGGGAAGUGUUGGGGGAACUAAAUGUAGCUGAUAAAUCUUCAGUGCAUAAAUCUACCUUAUCCAUACCAGUCACUUGUUUCAUAGGUCUUGAUAUUUUUCACCAUUUGUGACUUUCAUCUGAACUGAAGCACUGGAGUGGGUGAGGUUGGUUAUAAUGGAUAUACUCUGUCAUUUUGGAAAUGUAAUGACACUUAUGCACAAUACUUGAAAUGACUGCUAGUUGAAUUUGGUCAGAGGACAAAUAACCUAUUUUGUAUGAUAUGAAUUAAAGGCAACUAUUUUUCUUA